AUGAAUUUAUUUUUUUUAAUUAGAAUUGUUUUGUUAAUACAUUCAAACUGGAUGUGUCAUUUUAAGAAAGACGUGAUCCUGUGUAACAAUUAUGUUCCAGAGAACUGCUUCGCUGGCAGAAAAUAUGAUACAAGAAUUUAUAGAUUACUAACGAAAUAUCACAAGAACAAUGAUUCCAACAUCGUAAAGUUAAACGGAGAAAUACCAAAUAAUGGAGUGAGUGAAAGAAAAGAUAUAUCUUAUAAUGAAAAGGGAGCCACCACAUUAAAUGUACAAUCAGAUAUAUUUUCAUCAAAGAAGGGGAGAAAGCAAGCAAAAGCUAUGAAAAAUAAAUCGAAUACAUUUGAAACAAAAAAAUAUUCCUUUUUAGAAAAAAAAAUAUUCAAAGAACUUGAUUAUAUGGAUUUUCUUAAAAGCAACAGAACAAUUACUAACAAGGUUUACAAAAAAAUAACAUGUAAAAAAUACGGCUUGAGGCUUGCUACACCUUUAAUAUUAUUAUUGUUGUUAUUAGUGGUUCUCUUAGUAGAUUUAUCAUUAGGCUUGGCAUCUGGGAAAAGUUUGCUGGAAGUAUCAGGUUUAUGGAAGCCUUUACAAUCAUUGAGCACAGAAACAAAUGGAUGGUUGUAUACAUUUAUAGAAUUCGUAAAGGAAUAUUUACCAUGGUUAUCAAAAAGGGCAGAAUGGGUAGAAGAAACCGGGACUAAUACAUAUGUAAUAGGUAAUACAUUUGGAAUUAUAAUGUAUUUCUUACCUUUUUUUAUAUUAGGUGUCAUACUUAUAUUAUGGAUUAUUUAUUACCAUAAAAAAGUUAAAAAAUUUGAAAAAAUUAAGUUUAGAAAAGGAUAA